AAAAACCCACUCAGAAACAUUUGCCUUCGUCAUUCAGUUUCCGCUGGGCAGGGUUUUGCCAGAAACCCUCAACAAAAUGGCAGCACGCUCGGCCCGAUCCUCUACCACGCGCCGCCUCCUCUAUUCCUUCUACAGCGCAUCCCUCGACCCCGCGCCCCAAACAUCUACCGCCGCCUUGCUUACUGGAAACUUUCACCUUCGGUAUUUCUCCGCCGGCAGUGCCGCCGCAGCGCGGCUUAGGGAUGAGAAGGAGGCAUGGUGGAAGGAGUCGCUGCAGAAGCUCCGUAAUAUCGGUAUUUCGGCUCACAUAGAUUCGGGUAAAACGACGCUCACAGAGCGCGUGUUAUAUUAUACGGGUCGGAUCCACGAGAUUCAUGAGGUCCGAGGGAAGGAUGGGGUCGGGGCGAAAAUGGAUUCCAUGGAUUUAGAGCGAGAGAAAGGGAUUACUAUACAAUCUGCUGCCACGUACUGUAACUGGAAGGAUUAUCAGGUGAACAUAAUUGACACCCCAGGUCAUGUCGAUUUCACUAUAGAAGUUGAGAGAGCUUUACGUGUACUUGAUGGCGCGAUUCUUGUCCUGUGUAGUGUUGGUGGUGUGCAGAGUCAGUCAAUCACUGUUGACAGGCAAAUGAGAAGAUAUGAGGUUCCAAGGCUUGCAUUUAUUAACAAGCUUGAUCGGAUGGGGGCUGAUCCAUGGAAAGUUAUGAAUCAGGCGAGAUCCAAGCUUCGACACCAUAGUGCUGCUGUGCAGAUUCCAAUUGGUUUGGAGGAUGACUUCAAGGGUCUUGUUGACCUCGUCAACAUGAAAGCUUAUUAUUUUCAUGGGUCCAGUGGGUAUGUUUACUAACUUCAGAUCUGAUGCAUAUAUAUUGAAAAGCGGCGUGAGCUGGUUGAAGUAGUUUCAGAGGUUGAUGAUAAGCUUGCGGAAGCAUUUCUUAGUGAUGAACCUAUAUCAUCUGCUGAUCUUGAGGAGGCAAUCCGGAGAGCUACCAUUGCACGGAAAUUUGUGCCCGUGUUCAUGGGUAGUGCUUUCAAGAAUAAGGGUGUUCAACCACUUCUUGAUGGUGUACUUAGCUACUUGCCUUGCCCAACUGAAGUUAGUAACUACGCUCUUGAUCAAUCCAAGAAUGAGGAAAAGGUUACUUUAUCUGGAAGUCCAGAUGGUCCUCUUGUUGCCUUAGCUUUCAAAUUGGAAGAAGGGCGAUUUGGUCAGUUGACAUAUCUGAGAAUCUACGAAGGUGUCAUUAAGAAGGGUGAUUUUAUUGUUAAUGUAAACACAGGCAAGAAGGUUAAGGUUCCUCGAUUGGUUCGGAUGCAUUCAAACGAAAUGGAGGACAUUCAACAAGCUCAUGCUGGGCAAAUAGUUGCUGUAUUUGGUGUUGAUUGUGCUUCAGGGGAUACAUUUACCGAUGGGUCAGUUAGAUACACCAUGACCUCUAUGAGUGUGCCUGAGCCAGUUAUGUCAUUAGCUAUAUCAGCAGUUUCUAAAGAUUCUGGAGGCAAUUUUUCAAAAGCUUUGAAUCGUUUUCAGAAAGAGGAUCCAACUUUCCGUGUUGGUUUAGAUCCGGAAAGUGGCCAGACGAUUAUCUCUGGAAUGGGAGAACUUCAUUUGGACAUAUAUGUUGAGCGCAUGCGGAGGGAGUACAAGGUUGAUGCCACUGUUGGAAAACCUCGUGUCAAUUUCAGAGAGACUAUUACUCAGCGUGCUGAAUUCGACUAUCUACAUAAGAAGCAGAGUGGAGGACAAGGUCAAUAUGGAAGGGUUAUUGGGUAUGUCGAACCCCUUCCACCAGGCUCAGGAACUAAGUUUGAAUUCGACAACAUGCUUGUAGGACAAGCUAUACCUCCAAAUUUUGUCCCAGCCAUUGAGAAGGGCUUUAAAGAAGCUGUCAACUCGGGUUCUCUCAUCGGCCAUCCUGUUGAAAAUGUCCGUAUUGUUUUGACUGAUGGUGCAUCCCAUGCUGUGGAUUCAAGUGAACUUGCUUUUAAGUUGGCCGCUAUAUAUGCCUUCAGACAGUGCUAUACAGCUGCAAAACCUGUUAUAUUGGAGCCUGUGAUGUUGGUGGAAUUGAAGUUCCCAACAGAAUUUCAGGGCUCUGUCACUGGUGAUAUUAAUAAGAGAAAAGGCAUGAUCGUCGGGAAUGACCAGGAAGGAGAUGAUUGUGUAAUAACUGCACAUGUACCUCUCAACAACAUGUUUGGCUACUCAACAGCCCUUCGCUCCAUGACACAGGGAAAAGGUGAAUUCACAAUGGAAUAUUUAGAGCAUUCACAAGUUUCUCAGGAUGUGCAGACACAACUGGUGAAUACUUAUAAGGCCACAAAAUCAUCAGAUUAACCAGUCUGCAUUUGAAGCAUCAGACGGAUAUUUAUCUUAGGAUGAGUUAGAUAUAUAAGUUCUUCACCUAGUUAGGCUCAUAGCUCAUUUAUUCAAGCCGAUGAAGUUCUCAUUCAAUUUUGGAAAACAAACAUUUGGAAUAAGACAUACAGGUUGUAUUCACUCGCAAAUGAUCCAAACCUUUUGUGACUUAGCUCUGAAGAGCUUUGUAUGAUAGGCAGAAAAACAUAUAUAGUUGCGCUCAUUUUGCCAAUGUUCAUUCUGUGGCAAAUUGAUCAUUACAACAGUGGUGGUUGUGUGAUUUUUGUUGUUUAUCAGUGAGCAGCAUUUAGGCUCUUGUAAUCAAGUAGCAUUCAUGGGCA